AUGCUCAGAAAGUUUGUCGAGCGUGUGCUGAGCGGAACCGCUAAGCGCGCCGCUACUCCGGUGACAACGCAAUCCGCCUCAGCCGCGCGGUCUUCUGCGGCGACUGCCAGCGCAUCUGCAAAGCCCAAGUCACUACUCGAACCAACCUCGGCGACGCUUCCGACGACGACGACGACGACUCAAAACCAAAACGCACCACGGCAACCUGCUUCAAUUCGUACCACGUCCUACCGCGACGGACCUCCUUCGGCGUCCUCCUCGUCUUCCUCCCUGGCUUCUGCGGGUCGCGUCUCAUUGACCUCGUUGCCGGACGCCAGUGCUGCCGCAUCCGCGACCACCACGCUUGGCCUGCCGGAUGCAGGAAAGAUGAACGUUCUGAGCAACAAAGCCGGCAGCACAUCCAACAUGAACGACGACAUUGAGGCAUUUCAACGCAUGGCGCUUCCGUCGUCGAGCGCGGCCGCGGCGAGCUCGAAUGUGGCCCAGCAGCAGCCUCCGCACCACCAGGGCCAGCGCGUUGCCAACGUGGAGGUGCGCGGGAUUGGAGUGGUGACGGCAACGUCCGUGGCGAUCAAUCCGAUAACUUUGCAGCCCUACCAUGUCCAUGCCGUGCUCUUCCGCGCCCCGCCCGCACGAAGCCUGCACUCUGGGUCUGUCGCAAGAAAACCGCAGCCUCAAGUCAUCCCCAAAGUCGACUCACGGAUGGUGGCGAAGCAACAAUCGCCCGCCGCCGAGUCGUCGUCGGCUCUCGCGGAAACGGUCAGCUGGACGGUGCCCGAGGUGGAAGGCGACGUGCUCCGGCUCGACCCUUCUGUCGAGGUGACCCACUUUGGCACGCCGAGGCCAGCACCCGAGCCGCGCCAGUCCGAAGACGAGGAUGCUGCAGCGUUCAUUUCGCGUGGCGGUCCGGCCAAAGAGUAUUGA